AUGCCAUCCUUCACCGAAACCCCCUCAACUACAGUCAAUGAAGGUUCCAACACCACUACCGCGGCCGAUACCUCAAACAAUCAGUCGACACAGACAGCGCAGAAAUCCGAGGCUCAACUAGAGGCCGACAGACUUUACGAGGAGAGGAUGGAGGAGGAUGGCGAGUCUGCUGCACCUUAUCUAUACUACCGUGAGGCGAGUAAGGCUUCUGGACUCCUAGACAGGGAUUGA